UGCAGACCUACCUGGCCUGCACUGUCACCACUGUCUCCUAGGAACUCACCUGGCACCAUGGCAUCACUUCCCUCUUGCUGGACCCUGCGUCUUCUGGGGACCCUGGUUCUCAUGCUGCUGCCUGGAGGAGCUCUGAGUGAAUGUAGGGAGCUACCUACUAUUCCUAAUGCUGUUCGGAGGACUUCCGUUGGCACCUUGAUUCCCACUGGGAAGGUAGUCACAUACAACUGCCGCCCAGGUUACAAGCUGAUUGGUGGACUAAGCUCCGGACGUGCUACUUGUAAUGAGAAUUCGACGUGGUCUUUCAUUCCAGACUUUUGUCAGAAAGUUCGCUGUCCAGCUCUCAAUGUUAGCAACGGGAUAGAGAACUCGACACUUAGACCUGGAGAGGAGACCUAUGCUUUUGGGGACAUCGUUACCAUUGAAUGUGACUCCGGGUACGGUAUCAAAGGCACCACCGAUAGCAGUACUCAGAUUCGCUGCCAACAGGAUGGCACAUGGGAUCCUGCCAUGCCUGUUUGCGAACCAGCUUGUGGCCAACCCCCGAACAUCUCCCACGGCCAGUACAAUGUCUGGAGCAGGAGAACUUUUGUGGUUGGAUCGUUAGUAACUUACAAAUGUGAUAUAGGUUUCUCAUUUGUUGGACAAGCCAACAUUCACUGUCUGACUGGUGAUGAAGGGACGCCUAUCUGGAGUGAGCCUACCCCUGAGUGCGAAGAGAUUCAGUGUCCAGCCCCACACAUUGAAAAUGGGAUCCUGAAGUCUCCACUUCCACAUAACUACACAUACAGAACCAGUGUAACAUUGGACUGUAAUAUCGGUUAUAUCCUCCGGGGCAAUGAGCAGAUUCAGUGCCAAAUGGAUGGGAAGUGGUAUCCUCCAGUACCAGUCUGUGACCUAGGGAGGUGUCCCUACCCGCCAGUAUUUGAUUAUGCUGACAGAAACAAUCCCAGAGAGUUUCUAGUUGGUACCACAGUGACCUACUCCUGCAAACCAGGUUACACACUCAUCCCUGGAGUAUCUCCCCAGCUGACUUGUCAAACAAAUUUCAAGUGGCCUAAAGUCUCAGCGCUAUGUCAGAGGGUGCGUUGUCCAACCCCGGUGAUUGAAAAUGGAAAACAGCUCUCUCCGACCAAAGCGCCGUACAUGUACGCAAACCGCGUUGGGUUUCAGUGCAACCCUGGCUACAUCCUCAAAGGCAGGGAAGAGAGUGUGUGCCGGACUGAUGGGAUGUGGUACCCUCCAGUACCAUUCUGUGAUAAAGCCUGUGGUCGACCUCCCUCUAUCACGAGUGGACAUCACAAUGGUGGGAUCCAGGAAUAUUUCUCCUAUGGCUCCCAAGUGACAUACAGCUGCGGGGAUAGUUUGUCCCUGGUUGGCGAGGCUUCCAUUUAUUGCACCUUGGAUGGGGAGAAUCUGACCUGGAGCAGGCCUGCCCCGCAGUGCAAAAUGGUUCGCUGCCCGAGGCCGGUGGUUGGAAACGGGAGAAUGACCACUGCCCUGCACAUGUUUACAUACGGAGUCACUGUGGAGUUUUCCUGUGAGCAAGGCUACCUGCUCCAUGGCAGUAGAACGAGUCGCUGUCAGGGUGAUAGCACGUGGAACCCCCCUGUGCCAAGCUGUCAGCCGGUUCAGUGUGCAAGGCCGGAUGUGCAGUAUGGAAGGUUGAACAGCAUGUUAGACGGGAAAAUGUGGUACAAUGUGAACGAAAGCCUUGCUUUCAAAUGCUCCCCUGGCUACCACUUCCCAACUCACUGGGACCUGCCUACAACAGACAGUUCUAGUGUUACUUGUUUGGCCAAUGGCAACUGGUCAGCAUUACCCAAAUGUAAAAAGCUUAGCAAUUCUGAAGAAUGUGCAGUGGUACAAGAGAGUAAAAGGCUUCUUGAUUGUGAUGUGCCUCUGACGGAACUGAGAACCCUGCUGGAACUGAACAAACUAUAUCUGGAGAAUCAGAAACUGAAGCGGGAGAUUAAAAAAUUGCAAUGAAUAGCUGAAAUCUGCCAUCCGGAUUGUAACAAACUGUCUCCUUUGGGUGCAGUUUAUAUAAUUCCACUAAUCACAUGAUGAUUUGUACAGUUCAUAGGGAACUUGCCAAUAUACCCAGGCUACGUCUAGA